AUGUCCACAAUUCUCGCCCAUCAAAGCCACUCUCUCGGAGGACCACUCUCCAGAGCAUCCUCUGUCAUCAUCAGAACCCAGAAACCUACAGUGACAAGAUCAUACGCAGAGCAGGUCGACCAUUCGAGAUCAACUGGUCCUCAAUCUGGCAAGGAGAGUAGACCGCUAUUUCUUGCUGGGCUUGCUGCAAUUGCGCUCAUCCCGGGCUACUAUAUUUUCCACAGCAACAAACCAGCCGCUUCUGAACAGGCCGCAAUCAAAGAGUCUAGAAGAAAAGGAAAUCCAAGUCAAGAAAUAAGAGACCCACGAGACAGUGAAGUGAAGACGAUUGAGCAGAAGAAGCAGCGAGAGAGCUCUUAG